AUGUAUGUAUCUAUCUAUCUCAUAUCUAUCUAUCUAUCUAUAUAUCAGUCCAUCCUAUCUCAUCCAUCUAUCUAUCUAUCUAUCUAUCUAUCUCAGUCUAUUCUUAUCUAUCUAUCUAUCUAUCCAUCUAUCUAUCUAUCUAUCUCAGUCUAUUCUUAUCUGUGCACCUUUGUAUCUAUCUAUCUAUCUAUCUAUCUAUCUAUCUAUCUAUCCAUCUAUCUAUUCUUAUCUCAGUCCAUCCUUAUUAUCUAUUCAUCUAUCUAUCUAUCUAUCUAUCUAUCUAUCUAUCUAUCUAUCUCAGUCCAUCCUUAUAUAUCUAUCUAUCUAUCUAUCUAUCUAUCUAUCUAUCUAUCUAUCUCAGUCUAUUCUGAACUAUGUAUCUUUGUGCCUACUAUAUCAAUCUAUUCUUUAUCUAUCUAUCUAUCUAUCUAUCUAUCUAUCUAUCUAUCUAUCUAUCUAUCUUAUAGGAUAUUACACUUAUUGUCACUUCCUUUCAAUUUAUGCGCACCAGCACACAGAUAUGUAACCUUACAUAAUUCAUUAUCUAUCUAUCUAUCUAUCUAUCUAUCUGGUAAACUCAUUGCAGAUGAAGAAGUGACUUGA